GCUACUAAACUAAUGUUAAACCAUUUGGAACAUUUAUCGUCAACAGAAUCUUAUUAAAGUCGCGUGCACUCACAUGUUAAUAUCGCACUGUUUUGGAGGCCUAUAAAAGAACUGAAUAUGAUUCGGCAGCACCAAAAACUUCGUAAUAUUUGAUCGUUUCUUUUUGCACUAUAUGCUAGAAAAUUGCCCUUCCAGUGGUGCAUAUGAAGGCUACGCCGCUAACAAUGAGGUGAACCAAGUUAAUUUCUCAAGGCGUGAGGAACCUUGACCCUUCAUUAUUCGCCGACUUGAACUCAGGCCGCUGUGGUGUGGGCCAGCAGCACAUUCAAAAGCCACAUUGUUUCUUCAAGCCUCGACUUUGAGGCACCAACGAAUCUGUUCAUUGUUGAGGAAGCAGAGCAAGGAGUCAGAUUGAUAAACGGGGGAACAGCAGAGAAAUCGCACACGAUAUCGUUGGAUCAGGCGCUGUGUUGGUGAACAAGCCCAACAGACGUCCUCGAGAUGGGUGUUCAUGAAUGCUGCAUGCGAUGCCUUGGUGGAGUGCCCUAUGCCUCCCUGGUGGCAACCUUGCUGUGCUUCUCUGGCAUCGCCCUAUUCUGUGGCUGUGGACACCAGGCUCUCACCGAGACUGAGAGGCUCAUAGAAACCUACUUUGCCCGCAACCUGCAAGACUACAUUACCCUAGCAUAUCUUAUUCAGUACUUCCAAUACAUCAUCUACGGCCUGGCCUCCUUCUUCUUCCUCUACUGCAUAGUGCUGCUGGCCGAGGGCUUCUACACCACCAGUGCCAUGAGGCAGACCUUCGGCGAGUUCAGGAGCACCGUCUGCGGCCGCUGCCUCAGCUCCACGUUCAUUGCGGUCACAUACAUCCUGGCUGUCGUCUGGCUGCUAGUCUUUGCCUUGUCAGCACUGCCAGUGUACUUCUUCUACAACAUGGAUGCCACCUGCCACACGAUCGAUGAUCUGACUGAGACACCAACAAGCAUCAACCAGCUGUGUAUCGACGCCAGACAGUAUGGGUUGCUACCAUGGAAUGCUAUUCCGGGGAAAGCCUGUGGAAUGACCCUGUCAAACGUGUGCAAAACAAGAGAGUUCUUCCUGACCUAUGACCUGUACAUAGCAGCGUUUGCGGGCGCCGGGAUCACACUGCUGGCUCUGCUGACCUAUAUGGUUUCCACCACCUAUAACUUUGCAGUGCUGAGGUACUUGGGGAGAAAGGGCAUAAGUCCACGGUGUUAGACUGUCCUCCUCUCCUCUCUGUCCUUCCACUGCUAUGAACAAUGCACGUCAAGGCGCACACUUCCAAAACAACACUGGACUUUGUGAACUUCUUCUUAGACUGGGCUGGUUGCUAAAGAUGCCCAUUUUCAUUUUUCAGCAAGUGCAAAGCUGUAGGAUCUACACUUCUGUACUUUAUCACUGGGUCAGAUUUCUCACUCACGGUAGCACUGUUAUGGCAGUUGAGGAAGACCAUGAGGAAAAACUUGGACUUAAAUGUAUGUUUUUGUAAAUGUUGCUGUGUGAUGUUUUUGGAAAGAGGACCUAAACCUUAUUUUUGUGAUUGAUUAUGUUUUACACUGGCACUGUUUGCUUGUUCAGGCCAGUCUCAAAUGUUAUUGCCAAAUGUUGGUCACUGCAUCAGCCUUUUGCUGUUUUUGCUUAGAUUUCUUUUGUCUUUCAUAACCCAACCCUGUGUUUUUAUUAUUUUUUUUAUCGUUGCGAUAAGCUGUGACCUUAACGAGUAGACUCGUUGCCCCCAAAAAUGUUGAUAUGACGUACUGAAAAUUUGCUACAGAGGCCUUCAAACAUGUAGCACUGGAGAUGACGAUGGGUAGUCUGAAUACCAUUACCUACAUCUGGUUGCCAUGGAGUCAGACAAAACUAGUACUUGCAGUCUUGCUGUGACCCCAGUGCCUCUUUCUCACAGUCCUUUUGGUGGGCAGUUGAAAGGUUCUCACAAUAGAGCAGAGCCUUCUCAGACAGGGGACCAAUCAGGGGGGCGCUCUACCGCAAACCUGUCACUAUGCCCCAUGCAAGGGGUCAUUUUACAUGUCAGAGGAGAGCCUGUGCGCACAAAGAGGGGCUGAAAUGGUUCAGCUGCUUGAAUAGAACCCUUAUGUGACGGGCGCAUGGCUCAAGAACAGCCCCUCUCCGGUGGUAGGCACGGCAAUGGAGUCAAAUAGUUGGGGUGGGCUCUGUCUUUGUCUGACAUGGCAGCCAGAUGUCUUGGGGAGUCAGAUGUUCAUAAUGGUUUCCAACAAUGCAUGAGUGAAAAAAGGGUAGAAUGGUUAUUAUUCUGAGCCUGGAUGUUUGCUUUUUAAGAUGAGAAGUAGCCUUCGUUUAAAAAGGGAAUGGUGUGAAUAUGUAACAAGAAGAUGGCUAGAUGUUUCUGCAGAACUGCGGGUGGUAUGUGCGCGUAGACUCCUCCUAGUUUUUGCCAAAUGCCAUCUCUUUAUGCAAAUGUGAUGUCAUCUGAGUGGAGUGGAUCUGCAUGGUCUUGAUCAGUAACUGUCAAGUGAAAAAUUAGUAGUUAUUGUAUAACAUGUCUUCUCUUACCUAAGACCAAUGUGUAAUUAUUGCUUACAGAAAAAUGUAAGUUAUAUUCCUGUGAGUAUUUUGAUGUCCAUUACUAACAAUAUUUGUUGGAAUUAUAGCUAGAUGAUAUAGAUGGCCUAUUUGACACAUACUUUGUCCAACAGCACAGGUUACAUUUUCUAACCUGUUGACUGUAGUGGAGAACUUUUAUUUUUUACAUCUUCUAGGGUUGUACACCGCACUCUCCAAAGCCAAGGUGCCAGAAAAACGUCUGUAAGAUAUAGGGAAAAAAGUCUCUGCACACUUGGA